CAUACCUCCCUGUAUCAUACCUUACUUUUUAGUCAAUCCUCUUUGGCUCCAAACCUGAAACAAUACAACAAAAGGUUAGGUUUCCCACGUGUUUAUAAUUCUCUGUUUAUAUCACUCCGAAAAUUUGACAUUUUCGUUUGUAAUUGAUCAAUACAGAGUGAAUAAAAUCGUUUAAAAAUGCCGAAAAUACGGGUGGAGAAGAAGAGUCGGGUCCAUGAGAAAAUCGCCAAGCAAGGUAUCAUGUUCAAUAAGGAUUUUGGCCAGCACAUACUGAAGAAUCCUCUCAUAAUCCAGAGCAUGGUGGAAAAGGCAGCGUUGAGACCUACUGACGUUGUCCUCGAAAUUGGUCCUGGUACUGGUAACAUGACUGUGAAGAUGCUGGAGAAGUGCAAAAAAGUCAUUGCCUGUGAGGUGGACACCAGGAUGGUGGCGGAGUUGCAGAAGAGGGUCCAAGCAACUCCUCUCCAGUCCAAACUCCAGAUUGUUGUGGGAGAUGUGCUCAAGGCUGAUUUACCAUUUUUCGAUCUAUGUGUUGCUAAUGUUCCUUAUCAGAUAUCUUCACCUUUGAUGUUCAAACUUCUGCUCCAUCGUCCUCAGUUCAGAUGUGCAGUACUCAUGUUCCAGAGAGAAUUCGCCGAGAGAUUAGUAGCUAAACCCGGUGACAAGUCCUACUGUCGAUUAAGCGUAAACACCCAGUUAUUAGCCAGAGUCGACAUGUUAUUAAAAGUUGGCAAGAAUAACUUCAGGCCACCCCCUAAAGUCGAGUCGAAUGUCGUGAGAGUCGAGCCAAAAAUACCCCCACCCUCUAUCAAUUACCAAGAGUGGGAUGGGCUGACGAGGAUAGCGUUUGGAAGGAAGAAUAAAACUCUUUCGGCUACCUUCAAACACACGACUGUUCUCUCGAUGCUGGAGAAGAAUUAUAAACUCCAUUGCAGCCUUAAUAAUAAGCCAAUUCCUGAGGAUUUUGACAUCAAAUCAUUGAUCAUGGAGACACUAGAGCAAGCGGAAAUGGGGGACAAACGUGCCAGGACCAUGGACAUGGACGACUUCAUCAAACUUCUGCACAGUUUUAAUUCCGCUGGCAUUCAUUUCUCGUGAAUCUGCAUUGGAUUAAUCAUUUUUUAUUGUGGAAUAUUAGAACUGAAUAAAUUUUAUUUAUACUCAA